AUGUACCAACGUUGGGCGGCGAUCCCUUCCCCGAAGCACCUCCCGCCCUUCAUAAGACCUGCUGCCCCGCUCUCUCCAUCUUCUCUCCUUCCCCCAACAUGCUCGCCAGCACUCUCCUUGCCAUCUUCGCUGCCUGCCUGUUCUCCCUCCCCGUCUCCGCUCAGAGUGGCACCGCUUCCUCCCCCCUUCCCGUCCCCACCGCCGACAUUGAUCCCUGCGUCCUCUCCUGCAUACAGAUGGCAGCCACCUCCAACGGCUGCUCCAGUUUGUCCGUGCAUUCUCUCAUACUACUCUUCAUCCGGCCACCGAACUGACUGGCUCCGAUACCACUAUAUCCCAUCAGCAUGGAUAUCCCCUGCGUCUGCACCUCCUCCGGCGUCCUCUCCUCCGCGAGCAGCUGUCUUCAGACCAAUUGUUCCGCGCAAGCGCAAGCGGCUGCUGAGGCCCUCAGGUCCUCCCAAUGCGCCGCCGGUCCGUCUUUUCUUGCACCCUCUUUCCUCCUACACUAACCCGCAUGAUUCUACCAGCAAACGAGACUUCUUCAGCAUCCACUACAGCCACCGGCGCAAUGGUCGGAACAACUGGAACAAGCCCGUCGUCUUCCGCUCCUUCUAUGAAGAGCACUACGACGUCGAGCAACGCGCAUGUGGUUAA